UUAAGUUCGCCGGUACCCAUUUAUACACCUGAGUGGAGAGAGGCACUGUGAGAGCAAAACGUCUUAUCAAAGAACAGAACACAGUGUCCCCGGCCAGGGCUUGGAACCGCACCGCUCGAUCCGGAGCCGAGCGCAAUAACCACGAGGCCAUCGCGCCUCCCAAAUCACUUCAGCAAAAGCGUCAAGUAAUUAGCAAUACAAAGAUAUGGAAUGACCUCGCUAAAAAUGUUUUAUGCGAUCAAUAGCUCAGUUCUCCAAGUAAACACGUAAACUGUAUGAUGGAAACAGGUAGGGAGAGUUUAUUGAUUUGUGACCUGUUUUCGGGUACCUGAAUAGGACAAACAGAAGAACUAUCAAUGCCUUUGGUUGUUUCAAAAGAAUAUAUCUUGGUGCUUGUUAAAUAUUAAAAGGUCGAGGAUUGAAACAAAAACUUGGCCAUUCGACCAAGAUAAUUUUCAGUUAAACUGGUUUGAAAAGAAAUAUUCAAAUCUGCCGAGCAUCACGGAUUCGCGAAAAUAAUUUCGGAGCAAAAGCAACUACCAACAUAUGGAUUGGAAAUAUUGGUCAUUUCUUUAUUUUCUUGGAGUAUGGUUGAUGGUUUGUACAUCUACUUCUGGUCGCUUGGCGUUAAAACAAGAAUUUAAACGCGAGGAUUAUACAUGUGGAAACGACUGCCCGGAUUACUGCUACCCCGAAUGUUAUCCCGGUUGCUGCAAUUACCCCACGUACUACACACAGCCUCCUCCACCACCUCCUGCUCCCCCGCAACCCGGACCCCCGGGGGCUGACGGCCCAGUCGGUCCCCCUGGACCUCCGGGACCGGAUGGACCAAAGGGAAUACCGGGACCUCCCGGAUUACAGGGGCCACCGGGACUUCCUGGACCUCCUGGCAGCCUAGCGGGACCACCCGGUGCUUCAGGACCUUCAGGAAAUCCUGGACAGCCAGGAAGUUUAGGUGAACCAGGGGAUAUGGGACCUGUUGGCCUUCCUGGAGCCCCCGGGCCGCCAGCUCCACCAGGACCACCAGGAAUGAAAGGACCCAGCGGUGAUAACGGCCCCCCUGGAACCAUGGGAGAACCCGGAAGCCAAGGCGACCCCGGUGCCGCCGGCCUACCGGGCCCUCCGGGACCACCAGGACCUCCUGGAGUGCCAGCCGCUGCACCUCCGCCAUCGUGCCCUGAGAUUUGUGAGACAGUCUGUGUUAGCAUAUGCCCGAGCACAUGUUGCUCCUCCAGAGAAGGUGUACCAGGACCCGAGGGCCAGCAAGGACCAAAAGGAUCAGACGGUCCCAUGGGAGCUAUGGGAGCUCCAGGCAGUCCAGGAGACGCGGGAGCUGCUGGACUCCCGGGGCCACUUGGCCCGCCGAGACCUCCGGGAGUACCAACUUCUGCAGCCUCGAGCUCCGCCUAUGAUUCCCAAGCUGGAGCACCUGGUCCUGCAGGUUCUGCCGGACCUCAAGGCCCUCAGGGAUCAAUGGGGGCCAGGGGUGAGAUGGGAAGCCCGGGGGACCAAGGGGCACCCGGAGCAGCUGGACCUCCCGGCCCACCGGGUCCUCCUGGAAUCCCAGCAACAUCUGCUUCAGCUUCAGGAGCACCCGCUGGUGCACCAGGCCCGGCAGGUUUGGAAGGACCUUCAGGUCCGCAAGGCCCUAUGGGAGCUCUGGGAGCCAUGGGAAAACAGGGUGACCCAGGAGCAGCCGGGUCAGCAGGGGCCCCUGGCCCGCCGGGACCCCCGGGACCUCCUGCAGCUCAACCUGCUGCAUAUGCAGCCCCCGCUGGUGCACCAGGCCCGACAGGUUUGGCAGGACCUUCAGGUCCGCAAGGUUCUAUGGGAGCUAUGGGAGCCAUGGGAAAACAGGGCGACCCAGGAGCAGCCGGCCCAGCAGGGGCCCCGGGCCCGCCGGGACCCCCGGGACCUCCAGCACCUCAACCCGUAACACAUGCAGCCCCGGCCGGUGUACCAGGACAAACAGGUUUGGUGGGACCGUCAGGUCCGCAAGGCCCUAUGGGAGCUAUGGGAGCCAUGGGAAAACAGGGUGACCCAGGAGCAGCCGGGCUAGCAGGGACCCCGGGCCCACCGGGACCCCCGGGACCUCCAGCUGCUCAACCCGCAGCAUAUGCAGCCCCCGCUGGUGCUCGAGGCCAAACAGGUUUGGAGGGACCUAAAGGCCCGCAAGGCCCUAUGGGAGCUAUGGGAGCUAUGGGAAAACAGGGCGACCCCGGAGCAGCCGGGCCAGCAGGGGCCCCGGGCCCGCCGGGACCUCCGGGACCUCCUGCAGCUCCACCCGCAACAUAUGCAGUCCCCGCUGGUGCGCCAGGCCCGACAGGCCUAGAAGGUCCAAAGGGGCCACAAGGAUCUGUGGGAGCUAUGGGAGCAAUGGGAGAUCCCGGUGACCCCGGAGCAGCUGGGCCUCCAGGUCCUCCGGGUCCACCUGGUCCCCCGGGAAUACGGGCAACGAGACCACCACCUGUGGGGCCUCCAGCAGGCAGUCCAGGUAGCCCGGGACCAGCUGGUCUUCAAGGAGAACAAGGCGCACAGGGAGCGAUGGGAGUCAUGGGAAAGCCCGGCGAUGCAGGACCUGCCGGACCGGCCGGACCAGCCGGACCACCGGGGCCACCGGGACCCCCUGGAAUACCGGCUGCGAGACCUCCCCUUCCUUUCACGUGUCCAGCCAUUUGCGAUAAGCUAUGUGUUGGAAUUUGUCCUACACAGAAUUGUUGCAAAAAGUCACAAAUCCCAACCAAACAAAAAAUCGUGCCGAUAAAAGUUGCUCAAAAGCCAGUCAUGCCGCCAGUACAAGGACAAGCACAGGCGAAGACAACUUUACAAGGGGGUCACAAAAAGGAACGAAAAUUACAAGUAAAUGCUCAGAAACAUGCCCAAGCUCCAGUUAAAGAAAUUCCUUCGCUUAACAGUCAUAAAGUCAAAAGAAGCAAAAUAAGACACAGGAAAUAUCACAGUUGGCUACAGUAAUUCAAUGUCCACUUUGUAGUUAUACAGAAAUAUUAUAUAGAAAGCAUCAAUAAUGAAAGGAAUAAAACUAUCUUUAUUAACGAAGGAACGAGAAUCAUCAUCUUUUGUUUCAUCAAAUCUAACCUAAGAAUGUUACCGUGUGAAACAUUUUUUUUACACGUGAAACAGAGCAGUUUUGCCUCGACGAGAUUUUCAAAUCACUCACAAAAUUAAUAAUAUUCUCCAACCCUUGCGCAGGGUUGUAAUUCAGCGCUGAAUCCCUACAAGUUUUUUAAACUUAAACCGUCAGGAUACAGCACUUACGGAACUUAGCAAAUCCUUAGCAGAUCGUAGGUAAUUUAAUACGGAAGUAAACUUCUGGCUGGAAGUGGAAUUCUCCCUUCGCACCAAGCCAUUUGCGGAAGCUAUGUUAUAGGACUGUUUAAGGGCGGUUCCUUCGGGAUGAUCUGGAUCAGCAACAAUGAUCCCAGAUCACUGGGAUUAUGGUACAUCAAAGGAGCCGAUGAAUCCGUAACCAGUGAAGAUUCAUGGGCUCUUUUGAUACACA